GAGAAUACAUCUACUCAUGAGUUUAAUGAUUCACCACCCGUUGAUCAAAAUGAGUCCUCUGAAUCUAUAGAGCCUGAACCUACUUUAUCUACUGGUUCAGAAGUUCCAUAUGUUCAGUUAGAUGUAUAAGGAAGAAAGUCCAAUAAGUACUGGACAGUUGAUUUGGAAGAUGCAAACGGAGUGAUUAAGGAAGGUCACUUAAGGUUGAAAGAUGUGUGGGUGCUGUCUCGUGAGACUAGAAUUAUAGUGCAUUGGAAUGAGCAUGGCCAACCGAUUGGUGAAUCUGGUGGACUUUUAGGCUUGUUUUUGGGAGCUGUUGCUGGGAAUUUCAAGAACUUUCCUAUAAGUUAUGAGAAAUGGCAUUUGGUUCCAACAGAGCCAUAAAAAAAUGGAGCUUAUAGGGAUAUUAUUCAGAGAUUCUUUAAAGUUGAUGAUGGACAGCAAAAAAAGUACAUACUACAAAAUCUCGGCAGGAAGUGGAAAGAUGAUAGAUGCAAAUUGUUUAAUGACAAUUAUAAGUGGAAUCUUACUAGAGAGCAAAAUAUAGCAGCGUUACCAAAAGGAUUUGGAGUCAGCUUGGAGCAAUGGGCAACUUUUAUUGAUUAUAGAUUAAGGUCCAAAACUCAGGAUAUGUGUGAGAAAAAUGCAAGUAAUCGAGAAAAACAAACAAUUUCUCAUACACUCGGAUCCAAGACGAUUGCUAGGAAGAAACACGAGUUGGAAACUGCUAACAAGAGAGUUUUUACUAGAGCUGAAAUGUAUCCAAUUAGUCAUAAGAAGAAGGAUGGAUCUUUUGUUAAUGAUGAGGCUAGAGAGAAAAGUGAACAAUUAACUUUGCUUCAAGCUAAUGAGAGUUCUACUGAUGAUGCAUAUGUCAAGUUAUUUGGAAAAGAACACCCGGGUCGUGUUAGAGGUGUAGGAUUUGGUGUUUGUCCAUCCCAAGUCAUGAAAUCUUCUAAUAGUUUCGGAGGGGUAUCUUCUUCAUGCAAUCAUGACUUUGAUAUGGCUAAAGUUCGCUCUAUGGAAGUAGAAUUACAAGAGAAUAAAGCAACAAUUUAUUUAUUACAAGCCCAGGUGACAUAUUUCAUUAAUCAUUGUAUGGGUGGAAAAGUGCCACAUGACUUUUCUACAGCUACGAAUAAUGGGGUUGUAGACUCUCCAAUAGAGACAAGGCCAUCUUCUACUAUUCCAUGAAGUAGCUCUAGAAUUUUAUGAUUGAAGUGACUCAAGACUUUUAUUAUCAAAGUAGCUCUUUAUUUUAGGCUUUUAGCUUAGUUAAAUAUUAGUAGCAGAAUUCUUUUCUAAUUUAAUUUUAGGAUUGCGUUAUUUGAAUUUACUUUGAUAUGUAAAUAUAGGUGUUAAACACUGAUUGUUAUGGAUUUAUGAUUAUGUAAGACUUAUUAAAUACAUAUUAUAUUUUGAAAUGCAAUGUUCAUAUUAUUUUGGUCAA